AGAAGCAAACGGAUCGCAGUUUCCGUCGUUGCCGUCGUAAUCGGUUACGGGGUGAUCUUUUCCUCCAAAGCAGUUCGAAUUCGUCUUUGUUGGUUUGUUUUCGAAGGCUACUCGGUGCUGGUGCUGUUUUUUCUUCGUACUAUGCUCAUCACGAAUCAAAGAGAGGAAGAAAAAAAUGUUAAAUGCAAAUUUAUUAAACAUACCUAGGCGUGGGAUCCUAGGAGGAUGAACUUGCGAAGAAUUUUGAAUCCGUUGUUCGGAACCGAUGUGAAAAACGAGUUCCUGUAAAAGUGGUGUGUGUUUGAUGCAGAAUUUCUGCACUCUUUGUGCAUUCGAACAGUGUUUGCCUUGUGCGUUGCAAUGAGCCUUUUGCGAUCCGGAAGAGGCAGCUUUAGCUCAUAAAGAAACUUCACUAUUUGCUUUGUCGAGAGGCCGCGAGAGUGACGACUGUUGGGAGGUGGAUCAGUGUUGACGGCUCACAAAUACCAAAAAGUCCAGCAAAUUGUGAUCCACGUUUUUUGUUCGUCACCUACUGAUACAAGCAAAGUAGGCAAACAACCUUCACCAUAUCGUUACCGCGAUCGGUUAACUCGCUUCGAACGCUAGUGUGUUGAACCAGGUUCACUGUUUGCGUCCCACGGCCGGCUGUGAUGCGAUGCAUGUAUUCACAUUCUCGCAGCGCAGCGUUCAGAAGUUGUGAAAUAUAUCAAAAUUAAAGAAAAUAUUUGCGUACUCGAGAAGAUCAACCGACAGGCGAAAACUUUUCAGUUCGAAAGUGCAUGAUUACUACACUACUGCAUCUAGUGGUGAGAUUUGGAAACAAAGGCUUGUGUGCAAAAUAACAGUGGUCUUCUAUUGUUUGUAGUUUGUGAUUAUAUGUGUUACAUGGAUCGUCGCUUGGCGCUGAAGAAAGGCAACGUCAACGGUUGGUUAUAGCAACGUGAAUAUGUUUCCGAAGACUUCAUUUGAUAGUGAGGCGACAGAAUAGACCCCAAAAUAAUCAUCCUAAUUAAUUACUCAUCAUUACGCAACCGCGGGAUGGCGAAGGCAAAACAUCCCGAUUUCGGGAACCAACCCACGGUUACCAUUGAUAGUACUGCGACUCAACAAAUAUCCGCGGGCGAUGGAAUAACGUUGCAAAGUAAUGUUCAAGACACUAGCGCAGUAACCAGUACCACGGACAGUACCAGGGGAAGUCUUUCCAAUAUCUCUACGACAUCCAUCAAACAAACAGACAACAGAGACGAUAAUUCGAGCGCCUUCGACAGCAGCAGUGAUACGGAGUGUGAUGAUGAAACAAUUACACGAGCCAUUGAAAGGAUACCAAAUGAGCUAGCUCCCGGAGAAACGCGUAUGAUUCAAAAUGGGAGGCUAAUGUUGGGCACAGAAACCAUCAAUCCUGGGCUUCAACCACCGCCUACCAUUGGGUCUAUAGCGCUACAAAACUCUUCGGAUAUCACGUUCGGCAAUAAAACCUACAUCAAGGGACAGGUUGUGAUCAAAAAUAUCUAUCAGGAUCGAUUAAAUGGUUCUGCCAAUGCUGGUUACCAAGAACACGAGAAGGACGCGGUGGAAACUAGCUCCAGUAAAAAAGAACCUCCGGCAACGUUAUCUUCUCAGGCUAAAUCCUGGCAGUCUAGUCUUAAGGCAUUAAUUAAAGAUAAGCCUCUGCUGAGCUCAAUACUGAUAAUAACACUGAUCUGCUUCCUGAGCGCCGGUGUGGCGGUUAUUUGCAUCCUCACUGCGUCAGGUAAAACUAUUUUUAGCCCUCCGAUUGGCGAUGGAGAUGAUGACCGUGUCAAUGUCCCUCCGGAAAAGGACAUAGAAGGUGAUAUUUUCCCCGAUCCGAAGCCAUUGCGGCUGGUAACCCGUACCGAGUGGCUUGCUCAACCACCGCGGGAAGUAUUAACCGAUCUGAAGCUUCCGGUCAACAACGUCAUUAUUGCACACACCGCCACUGAAGGAUGUACUACACAGCUAGCAUGCAUUGCAAAUGUUAAGUAUAUUCAAACAUUGCAUAUGGAUUCGAAUAAGUUCAGCGAUAUCGGAUACAAUUUUCUGAUUGGAGGUGACGGAAAAGUAUAUGAAGGUCGUGGAUGGAAUAAAGUUGGUGCCCACUUAAAAGACUACAACACAAUCAGUGAAGGAAUUGCUUUUAUUGGAAAUUAUGAAACUAUCGACCAUCCUACGGAUGCGCAGAUGAAUCAGUUGUCUAAAUUGAUUCAAAACGGAACCGAGGAGGGCAAAAUUGCAGUGGACUACAAACUGUAUGGUGCCAGUCAGUUGAAAGCAACUCUAAGUCCAGGCAAAUUUUUAAUGGAAAAACUGAAACUCUUGCCCCACUUUAGCGAAGAGAAACCUACCGCUAUUUACAGGGCCAGUCGUUGGAAAACAAACAAUCCAACUUGAAAUCAUUUUCCACCACCGAACGAUCGCCAAAAGACUGAACGCAGUACAUCAUAUUGUUAGGGUCAUGCGUUACCAAGCUGGUAACAAUAAGUUUUAGGAGCAAUAGGAUUGAACUUUGUGCCUCCCUUUGAAACAUCUUGAACUUUGAGGAUGAUGAAACAUCUUGUGCUAGAAUGAAAGCGCAAAGCAUUAGUGUAGCCCACAAUAUAUGAUAAAAUAAUGUUGUUUAAUUAA